GGGGGCGGGGCCUGGCCUCGGUUGACUCUUUUUGCGCCUGCGCCGUAGAGUAAACCCGCUAAGCGGGGAUGAGGUUCGCCGGAACCCAUGCCUCCGUCUUCUGCUUCCGGGUCGGAGCCAUGGCGGUGGCAAAUUCAAGCCCUGUCAAUCCCGUGGUGUUCUUUGAUGUUAGCAUUGGCGGCCAGGAGGUUGGCCGCAUGAAGAUCGAGCUCUUUGCGGACGUUGUGCCUAAGACGGCCGAGAAUUUUAGGCAGUUCUGCACCGGAGAAUUCAGAAAAGAUGGGGUUCCGAUAGGAUACAAAGGGAGCACCUUCCACAGGGUCAUAAAGGAUUUCAUGAUUCAGGGUGGGGAUUUUGUUAACGGAGAUGGUACUGGAGUUGCCAGUAUUUACCGGGGGCCAUUUGCAGAUGAAAAUUUUAAACUGAGACACUCAGCUCCAGGCCUGCUUUCCAUGGCGAACAGUGGUCCCAGUACAAAUGGCUGCCAGUUCUUCAUCACCUGCUCUAAAUGUGAUUGGCUGGAUGGGAAGCACGUAGUGUUUGGAAAAAUCAUUGAUGGACUUCUAGUGAUGCGAAAGAUUGAGAAUGUUCCCACAGGCCCCAACAAUAAGCCCAAGCUGCCUGUGGUGAUCUCACAGUGUGGGGAGAUGUAGUCCAGAGCAAGACUGAUCAGGCCUUUCCUUGCUCUGGGUGGCACUCUUGAGUAAGAUAAUCCGGAUUGGCCCCUGUGUUUGCUUCCCUGCCUGCUGCGCCCGUUUUUGAUCAAGAGACCUUGGAAAUGUCACAGAUUCAGAACCCAAGAUUUUCUGUUUUUCAAUUGUAAAUAAAGUUUUGUUUUGUUUUGGUACACGUGUUGUUUU